AAUCUGAAUUCUGAAAAGAAGACACUUGAGACUUGACUUUACUCAGGACAAAUGUGCGAACCGGAGGAAUACUGUUUGGCGCCAAAACAACAGCAGCAGCAGGAGCAGGUCAUGGACUUGGAUGAUGUUGAUCUCCAGAAUUCCUGGCCAUUCGAUCAAUUGACCUUCGUUUCCGAUCCAACCUCCCCACUUAUCAUCCCAUCAUCUUCCGACCAUCCUUCUUCUCCUCUUUGGGCCUUCUCCGAUGACGACAAACUCGCCGCUAACAAUCUCCUUCUUACAUGUACUCCCAAUUCUGUAACUGAAAACCCCAAGGAUGAUGAUAAUAGGAGAAAGCUGCCUACUUCUCCAUUUUGGGGACCGAUGCCCCUAGACAACCCAGAUGGUUAUUGUGUGAUUAAAGAGAGGAUGACACAGGCACUGCGUUACUAUAAGGAAUCCACUGAACAACAAGUUCUUGCUCAGGUUUGGGCGCCUGUCAAGAGUGGGAGUCGCUACGUCCUAACAACUUCAGGCCAACCCUUUGUUCUUGAUCCACAUAGUAAUGGACUACAUCAGUAUAGGACAGCUUCUCUCAUGUAUAUGUUUUCUGUCGACGGAGAGAGCCAGGGACAGCUUGGGCUUCCAGGUCGUGUUUUCAGGCAAAAAUCACCAGAAUGGACUCCCAAUGUUCAGUAUUAUUCCAGCAGAGAGUAUUACCGCCUUCAGCAUGCUCUUCUUUACAAUGUUCGAGGAACCUUGGCUUUGCCAGUGUUUGAACCUUCUGGACAGUCCUGUGUUGGUGUACUUGAGCUCAUAACGACUUCACAGAAGAUUAACUACGCACCCGAAGUUGAUAAAGUCUGCAAAGCACUUCAGGCAGUCAAUCUGAAAAGUUCAGAAAUAUUGGAUCAUCCAAGUACCCAGAUUUGCAAUGAGAGCCGCCAACAUGCCCUGGCUGAAAUUUUGGAGAUAUUGACGUUAGUAUGUGAAACUCACAAACUACCUUUGGCUCAGACCUGGGUCCCUUGCAGGCAUCGUAGUGUUCUGGCCUAUGGCGGUGGUCUGAAGAAAAGCUGCACAAGCUUUGAUGGUUGCUGCAUGGAACAAGUCUGCAUGUCAACAACUGAUGUGGCAUUUUAUGUUGUAGAUGCUCACAUUUGGGGUUUCAGGGAGGCUUGUGUUGAGCAUCACUUGCAGAAAGGUCAGGGAGUUGCUGGGAUGGCAUUUUUGUCCCUGAAAGCAUGUUUUUGUGCAGACAUUACUCAGUUCUGCAAAACUGAGUACCCCUUAGUGCACUAUGCACGCAUGUUUGGACUAACUAGCUGUUUUGCAAUCUGCUUACGGAGUAGUUAUACUGGAGAUGAUGAUUAUGUCUUGGAAUUUUUUCUGCCCCCUACAAUCACUGACAACAAUGAACAACAGAUUUUGUUGGGUGCAAUGUUGGCUACAAUGAAGCAGCAUUUCAAAAGCCUUAAGGUUGCUUCCGGAGUGGAACUAGAAGCAAAUGAAGGAUCUAUUGAAGUCAUUCAAGCUUCUGCAAAUGAAAUAGUUGAUUCAAGACUUGAAUCUCCAGCAAUUCCUCCAUCUGUGAAGUCAGCACCUGGCCCAAAUGCUUCACCAAUUGGACAAGAAGCAGUGCAAUUAGAUUCAAGAAAACAACAGUUAACAGUGAAUUUGGACCCUAUUAAAGAAGUUGUCAAUGCAGUUAAUGCUAGCAGAAGUCUAAAUCCUGUUUAUUUACAUAAGGACAUAAAAAGGACGUCAGAGAGGAAACGUGGAAAAACUGAGAAAUCAAUUAGCCUGGAGGUUCUCCAACAGCAUUUUGCUGGGAGUCUUAAAGAUGCUGCAAAGAGUCUUGGGGUUUGCCCAACAACAAUGAAGCGCAUCUGCAGGCAACAUGGGAUCUCCAGGUGGCCAUCUCGUAAGAUCAACAAAGUCAAUCGUUCCCUCUCCAAGCUUAAACGUGUAAUUGAAUCCGUCCAAGGUGCCGAAGGAGCAUUUGGUUUGCCUUCUCUCGUUACAAGUUCACUACCAGUCACCGUUGGGUCCAUUGCUUUGCCAUCCAAUUUGAAUGGCUCCAACCAACAGAACUUACCAAACUCUAAACCUUCUGAAUCUCUGGGUGACAAGAAUGGAUCAUCCCCAUGUCAGAUGCCAGGAAGCAGACAGGCUUUUUUGGAAAAUCAAUCACUGGGAGGUCAGACAUCCAGUCAGGAGGAACUUUCCCCUCAGAAGAAGGGCUUUUCACCAGGUAAAAGCCCAAACAGGUCCAGAACAGGCUCAAGAGAAGGGAGUGCAGGGACACCUACUUCCCAUGGUUCGUGCCGUAGCAGCCCUGCAGCUGAAAGUGCUUCUACAAAGGACCCACCUCCUGAGUUGACACUUCAACCCAUAGGAGAACCUGAUCUAUCUGCUGCAUUGUCAAUACCUGAUGCCCUUUUGACGAUAGAACCUCAACCUCAAGAACCAUUUGGAGCCAUGUUAGUUGAGGAUGCUGGUAGUUCAAAAGACUUGAGAAGCCUAUGUCCUCCAGCAGUAGAUGUCAUGGUGGAUGAUAGAUUUCUGGAGUCUAUUUGGGCACAACCUCCUUGUUCUGAUGAGGCUCCUAAGAAAGCCAUGACUGCUUUUACUCAGACUAUGCCCUGUGUACCAGCCAGACCAGAAAUGAGUGUGACCAUAAAGGCAACUUAUGGAGAAGAUAUAAUUAGGUUUAAGAUGUCCUCAAGUUGUGGUAUAGUGGAUCUGAAAGAGGAAGUGGGCAAGAGGCUGAAGUUAGAGGUGGGUACUUUUGAUAUCAAGUACCUGGAUGAUGAUAACGAAUGGGUUUUGAUAGCCUGCGAUGCCGACCUUCUGGAGUGUGUAGAUAUUUCAAGAUCAUCUGGCAGCAGUAUUGUUAGAUUGGCUAUUCAUGACAUAAUGGCCAAUCUGGGGAGUUCUUGUGAAAGCACUGGGGAAUUAUAGUGAGUACUCAUGCUGUAGUCUGUAGAGAAAGAGAAAAGGCAGAUUUUGGCUCAUAUAGCUCUGUCAAGUUGUAAGAAUUAAAGAAACUUUCGUUUAAGUUAUGAAUAUCCUAAAAGCCCAAAUAUCUUGCUCAUCUUGGACAGGAAUGGGUACGUGAAUAUAUCCUGAAACAGUUUUCUGCUAUGUACAAACUUAAGAAUACGAUUUUGCAAGUAGGAAUUAUGAUUUUGAACAUUGCACUUAAUACCCUUCUUUAUUCUGUAGUAUUGACCUGCGCGAAUCAGUUUCCAGCCAUGAACAAACUUAAGAAUACGAU